AUGGUUAAUUUUAAACUGUUAAUUAUUACUGCUGCAAUUGGUCUUAUUUCAGUCAUUUUUGGUAUUAUAGGUCUUGCAACACCGAAAUGGAUUGAUGUAAAAGUUGUUGCCGGUGGAAUGAAUACUGUCUAUGGUCUCUUUCGAGAAUGUACUGUAGUUGCCACUGGAACUACGUGUACUAAUGUACCUACAUUUAAAACAGCUCAAGGUCUACAAAUAGCUGGAGUAGUUAUCAUAGCAAUAGGGGUUAUAAGUUUUACUAUUUUAAAAUUAUUAUCUAGAAAUAGUUAUCUUCAUUUAAUUUCUCCUGUAUUACCAAUAAUUGGUUCAAUUUUAAUUCUUAUUGGAUUUCUUCUUUUUCCUAAAUAUGUUAUUGAACUUAAUACCGCCAACACAAGACAAGUGAAUAUAGGUUAUAGUAUGGUCUUAAUGGUUAUUGCAUGCAUUGGUGGAUUUUUAACAGCAAUUUAUUUUGCAUUCACUGCUGGUUACUCCUAUUGUUAUAAUCAUUCAAGUUAUGAAUUAUCAUAA